AUGGAGUCCACGGUCUCUGGGGUGCCACAGCAGCAGAAGAAGAGGCCGGAGGGGCACUACGAGGGGGUGGCCUUUCUGCGAUUCCUGCCCCUGGGAGCACAAUUCGUGGUGUGCGUGCUCCUGGUGAUAUUCCUCCAGGGCGCCUACACCUACGCUCAGGAGUUGCUCUUCUCCGUUGAGAAGUUCCCUCAUCGGUGGUACGCGACGGUAUGGCAAGGCGGGCUCUACUCGCUCUUCGCCUAUACCAUGCGGCGAUCCUCGGGCGAUCGCGGCCGACGGGGUCCGUUUCGUGACUAUGUGGUGCUGUCGUCGGUGGUGUUCAUGGGCCGGUUCAUGGGCGUGGCUAGCCUCCACUACAUCGACUUCACCACCCGGGUCCUGUUCCAGUCCUCCAAGCUCAUUCCCACCAUGCUCGUGGGCCUGCUCUACCUCAAGAAGUCAUAUACGGCGGGCGAGUACACGGCGGUGUUCAUGCUGGUUACUGGGCUCUCGCUGUUUUCGUUGGGCGAUGCCUCGGUCUCCACUUCGUUCAAUGUCCUCGGUGUCGUGCUGGCCGGCGGUGACGCCUUUUCAGACGCGCUCAAGUCGUCCAUUCAGGAGCACCUGAUGUCGUCGCACAGCGCUUCCACCCUCGAAGUGGCACUAUAUUCCAACCUCUCGGGCUGCCUGUGCGCGAUCCCGAUUCUCAUUUUCACCGGCGAGCUCGCGGCGGUCUACGAGACCUUCAGCCUGCGCGCACAUAUCGCCCUCAUCGCCAUGUACCUCAUCGGCUAUCUUGCGUCGCUGUCCGUGCUGUACGUGCUCAAGCUUAGCGACGCUCUCAUUUCUGCCAUGGUAACGUGCUUCCGCAAGUUCAUGUCGAUCGUCUUCUCUUUCUUCAUCUUCUCCAAGGUUGCGACCAUCAACCACGUCGUUGGCGGCGUGCUCUGCUUCGUUGGCAUCGCCGUCCAGAUCUGGAUCAAGCAGCGCAACCGGCAAGCACGCCUCUUCGCCAAGCAGAAGUACUGA